AUGAAGGAGGGGAAGAGCGAACGGGAGCGAAGCGGCCGACAGCGACAACGGACGGACGACGCGCUGGCGACCGUAGUGGUGAAACAGGAGCGUCUGAGCCCCGAACCUGUCGCGCACCGCAGACCCGACGCCCCAGCCGCUAACCCGUCCCCGCCCGCCGCUGAGCCAGGCCGCGGCGGCCACCGCGGGAGUCGAUGCCGGGGAGCGAGCCGGUCCCCAGCCAAAAAGAAAAACAAGUCCUCAGGGAGAAGAAGCAAGUCUCCACGGACUAAGAGAAGCCGGAGUCCCCACCACGCCACGGUUAAAGUGAAGCAGGAACGCGAGGACCAUCCACGGAGAGGACGAGAGGAUCGGCAGCACCGGGAGCCAUCGGAAUAGGAACAAAGGAGAGCUCCUAACAGUGAGCGAGACCCGUACCGGGGCCAUUCCCGCCAAAGGAGGAGCUCUGGUGAGAGGCCUGUCAGUGGGCAGGGUCGGGACCGAGACAGCCAGAUUCUGCAGGCCCAGGAAGAAGAGAGGGACUUUCAUAAUGCCAGGCGCCGGGAGCAUCGCCAGCAGAAUGAAGGUGCUGGCAAUGAGGCUCAGGAGGUGAUCCCUCGCCCUGCCGGUAACAGGAGCAAAGAGGUGCCUGUUAAAGAAAAACCAAGCUUUGAACUUUCUGGGGCACUUCUUGAGGACACCAAUACCUUCCGGGGUGUGGUUAUUAAGUACAGUGAGCCCCCAGAAGCCCGGAUCCCCAAAAAACGGUGGCGUCUCUACCCCUUUAAAAAUGAUGAGGUACUUCCAGUCAUGUACAUCCAUCAGCAGAGUGCUUACCUUCUGGGUAGACAUCGCCGCAUCGCCGACAUUCCCAUCGACCAUCCCUCUUGCUCCAAGCAGCAUGCAGUCUUCCAGUACCGGCUUAUGGAGUACACGCUUGCUGAUGGCACAGUUGGUCAGAGGGUGAAACCCUACAUCAUUGACCUCGGCUCAGGCAAUGGAACCUUCUUGAACAACAAGCGUAUUGAGCCACAGAGAUACUACGAACUGAAAGAAAAAGAUGUCCUUAAAUUUGGGUUCAGUAGCAGAGAAUAUGUCUUGCUCCAUGAGUCUUCAGACACCUCUGAACUAGACAGGAAGGAAGAUGAGGAUGACGACGAGGAGGAAAUGGUGUCUGACAGCUAGCAACUGAGAAGCACCCCCACUAUUAGAAACUGUUCCUGCUGGAGGCCGUGGGCUUGACUCUCCAGCGCCUCUUCUUGCCUUAAGUCUUUCCUCUGUUGCUGCCCAGCUUGUGUUGCAGUAUGAGAACUCUCACUUCGUAUUUUGUUGAACUUGACACAGCAGCUGCCUGCCUGUGGGCGCUUGUUUUCAGAACAGUCUCACCAAUUACAGCAUGUCGAGUUUUGGUCAAAGUGUGUGGCUGUAGUGGGUGCCUUCCGAACUGCUGCACAGGAAACUAAGCCCUUGGAUGGGA